GCCUUCACAAUGACUUCCAUGGACAUGUCUCUGGAUGAAAUAAUUGCGAGGAAUAAGCAGGAGAGAAGAGGUAUGAGCGAAGGCGUGGUCUCUAGGACUUUCUUGUCUUCGUUUUUCGGUGAGACGUGUUUUCCCCUUUGUCGGGAGACUUCUAUUUUCAGGAUUUCGCAAAGGGUUCGGUUCAUCGAUUUUUCUGUUGAAGGGGCAGGAAAUCCGAACAAGACGGUUCGAAUCAACAUCUCCAAUCUGGCACCGUCUGUAGUCUCGUCUGAUCUCGAAGAACUCUUCGCAAAUUACAGAAUCGAAGCUGCAACUGUUAACUACAAUGAGUCAGGUAUAUCUGUUGGCACAGGUGAUAUCUAUCUGCGUAAGAGUGAUGCUGAAAAUGUCAUCAGUGACUUCAAGGGUGUAGCACUGGACGGGCAGGUGGAUUCAUUCUAUGGUCUUGACAGAUCAGCACGGAUGCCUCCUUCCAUAAGAGUUUUACAUGUCCUAAGUGCGGUAGGUGUUGAUGGACGUCGUCCGAUAUCGGUUAACAUCGUUAAUUGA